AUGUCGCAUGCGGGGAAUGUGAUUCCCGAAUGGAUGGAAACAGCGGAAGAUAGGAGAGAAAGGUUAGAACGAGAACUGUUGAUCCAGAGGCGGAGAGAAAAGUUGCUCAAGGAGGCGAAGAAGAAGACAGAAACUAUGUGUCUUUCCUUGAUCAAUCAGAUCGUUGACGGCGUUGCUCAAAAAUGCUACAUGAAAGAAAUCUUUGUCAGGGACAAGUCGAUUGCUGCAGCGGCAGCAGAAGCGGCUGUGCUCCGCAGGUUCCAACAUGGGCUGACAGAAAACCAGCAUCAAAACGUGCAUGGCGGUCCUGUCAUGCACAGAUGGACUCCUGACCAAGUUCCCCGACAAGACGAGCUCGAGGAUGUGAUCAUGAAGCGAAAAGUGCAGGGGACGUGGGUUGAGAAGGCUAGAAAGCAUGUGAACGUCUCCCUUGGUGGGGGACUGACUGCCAUCGUGAAGAACCCGAAGAAGGUGUUCGAUGAAGUCCGAUAUGUCGGCGACGGGCAGGCGAAUGGGUAUGUUGACCUUCAGAGUGAACGAGGGCCAAGUAGAAAGGAUCUGCGAGUAGGUCAGCGAGUGACGUUGGACGAAAUAUCACUUCAACGUCGCAGGACUUACAAGCUGGGCGACAAGACAGGAGUGGAGCAGCUGAACCAGCAGGGAGUGCCGUUGGACGCAGCAAGAGACGCUUGUAGCGGAGUCAUCAUCAACACGAGCAAAGAUUUCAAGAUACAGACAGGAUUGAAGUACCUCCCCGGUCAGAAGAUCACCAACUACGUCUGCUACCCUGGAGGCGGAAGCUGGAUACGAUGGGAUGCUACCAAGGAAGUCACGUACGAGUGGACUGACAGGAUUGUUCCCGUCGCACACCAGCAAGGCAAUACUCUUGAAGACAUUCAAACUCGCCAGGACUUGAUCUUGAACUGUCAAUGGGAUUCUCUCGAUGAGAAUGUUGAAAGAUUCUGGCCAGAUGUACCGCGGAUAUUCGAAGGGAUCAAAGACAAGGAGACUUUGGAUCGAAAGGCGACCGAAGUCAUGCAGCACAAGAUUGAAUAUUGA